GUACAAACAAUUUAAGCACAAUUUCUACUAAAAUACUCGCCACUCCUCAUCUUUAUCUUCGACAGAUCCACCUACUCCUGAAAAUGCAGAUAGAAAGACACAGCGUGGCCAUAAUGAUCAGAAAUUCAAUCACGUGUAAGAUUUAUGUAGACUGGACUGGAAGGAAUCUCAGCCUGUUUGAUCAGCACGUUUUCACAAUGGAUGUAAAUUAGAAUGACAGUAUUGACCUCGUCACCUCUCAAACGCAUCCCUUCGACGCGGCCACCAUUCACUUUGGGUGAGCUGAAGAGAGCAGUACCCCCGCACUGCUUCCAGCGAUCCCUGCCGCGCUCCAUGUAUUACGUUGCAACGGACGUAGGUGCUAUAUUCCUGUCCACCUAUCUCGCCACUUUCAUUCCUCUCCUGCCACCGUUUCUUCAAGUGAUAGCCUGGCCGCUUCAUUGGACAGUCGCUGGCAGUUUCAUGCUAGGUGCUUGGCUCAUUGGUCAUGAUUGUGGCCAUCAUGCGUUCAGUGACUACAAGUGGCUCAAUGACGUCAUCGGAUUUGUCCUUCACUCGGCAAUGCUUACGCCUUACUUAUCAUGGAAAUACUCGCACACGUCGCACCACGCUAACACGGGAUCCACAGAACGACAGGUCGUAUUCUUGGUGAAAAAAAAGGACGCCCUCCCGUGGCAUGCUAGAUACACGGACAACCCCCCACUUCGGGUCCUCAACUUGACGAUCUCCCUCUUCAUUGGCUGGCCGUUGUACUUAACUUUCAACGUUUCCGGGCGCACCUACGAUUCCUUCGCGAACCAUUUCUACCCUCAGGGUCCCAACUUUACGCGCCGCCAGCGCGCCAAAGUGCUCCUCUCCGAUUUGGGCGUCACAUCGGUCGCUUACGCUAUCUACCGGCUGACCCUCUCAACUAGUCUAUCGUGGAUGCUCUGCAUCUAUGGUCUACCGCUGCUCUUCGCCAACGCAUGGAUCGUUGCGAUAUCCUACCUGAACCACAUCCACCCCGCACUACCCCACUACGACGAGGGGGAGUGGGACUGGAUGCGGGGCACCAUGUCUACCGUCAACAGGGACUUCGGGUGGUGGAACUACUUUUCCCACCAUAUUACGGACGGCCAUGUUGCGCACCACUUGUUCCCAACGAUGCCGCAUUAUCAUGUGAUGCAGGCCACCGAGGCGAUAAAGCCAAUUUUGGGCGAGUACUAUUUGCUGGACCGGACGCCAGUUUGGAGGGCUUUGUACCGAGAGACCAAGGAAUGCUUGUUUGUGGCACCGGAGAAGGUUCGAAAAGGAGUGCAUUGGUUUGGGAGUCUAGUAGAGGAAAAGGCUGCGUGAAGUUAAGGCAUGAUCAGAUUAAGUAUACAUCUAAUAUACUGUACUAUACCUGUACCUGUACUAUAAUACUAAUGAAUGAUAUUUUUCACGAGAAAGAGGUGCCGCGCCAAGUCGGAAUUUUAUUUUAUACUUGCAAUAAAGAAGUAAACUGCCAUUAUAUUAUUUACUCAGAAAUAGUAAUAUUGUACAAAUUUAUGUUUAAAUAUAGAUCCUACUAUGUCAUCGGAACUUGACGUCUCAAUUUUUUAUGGAGACAUCAAUUUGCUCAUCAAACCAAAAUGCGUACCAGGUUUUGCGAGUUGCGACAUAGUAGGAUUUUCUGUUGGACUUUAUAUGAUUGGCCUUGGAACUUUUAAAAAUGUCCUUGGAACAUAAUUCUUGCGAAAACAAUAGCGAAAAUUUUGAAACGCCACAAUUUAUUGAAGUCAUAUCUGUGUAGUCUCAGCGUCGAUCUAUCUUGUCAAGUUAGUAUCACGAUUGCACAGCAAUAUAACAUUCUUCGCUUGACAUCAAUACUGCUUCCAAUAUAUUUGUGUACGUAAUAAAAAAAGAAGCUUUGGUUUUUCUUACUGUGAAGGAAAUUGAUCUGUCAUCUGGCUGCGCAACAGAUAUUGACGAGCACAAUCUCAUUUCACGUGAAAAAUGGAAAAAUCAAAAUAAGACGCAUGCCAACAAUUUUUCUAAACUUGUCUCUGUUCUAAACUCAGAACUCCCAAAAUGUAAUUUCUACAAUUUUUUUUAAAUAUCUUCAACAAAUCAUCAUUAAGCGCAUUAACUUUUUAUUAAUAUUAUUAGGCGUAUGAUUUCUCUUUUCAAAGUGUAUGUGAUAUAGUUCCUAUCGAAAUAUGUAUCUUCUAAUAAUUGCAAUGCUGAAAUGUAAGAAAAGACGUGACCAUGUAUAGUACUUGUUUACAAGCUCGGAGGAGUCACCCUGAUGACUCAACUCCCAACCCAACGUUGAGGGUUAAGUUGCAGAACCAGCGUUUGAAUUCGUUUCAACCUGCUUGUUUGUUUUGGAAUAAAGAAAUAUGACUUUCUGCUCAUUAUGAUUUUUAUGUACAAAAUUUAGUUUUAUUAAUAAUUAUUUUUUGAGUGGUUGAAUAAACAUGUUUCCUUAAUACUGUAAAAA